UGCCACAUGUAGUCUUAACUUUGGACCUCACUUUACUAAGUCGUGCAGGAAUCUAGCUUAUUAUGGCCCGGCGCUACGAGGAGGAACCAGAGGAUGGGACCCCUCCACUAGGUCUUGUAUGGAACAUCGUCGCCUUUCCUCUCUUUGUCUUUGGAACGCCUACGAGCAGUGCUAUUCCUCUUAAUCACGAGCGGCCGUAUAAUUUGCUGAUUGUGAAGUCAGGCUGCAUUCUUUCGACCCGCUUUCUGCUGUAGCACUUCCCAAACGCCCAGUCGGGGUCUCACACGUGCUCGCAUAGCCGCCGAUUAGAGCGGACCAAAGGCUCCGUCCACGAUAUCGAGAGAGAUCGCACUGGAGAUUGCUGGCUGCCGUUCUCG